GGAGAGCGUUUUCGCGCAGUUGUUUUUUAUUUUUUGCUUUUUGAGUUCGUUCGAGGAGAGAGAGAGAGAGAGAGAGUGAGAGCGCGGGCGGGAAGAGUUGAAGCUUUCGAAAAUGGCGAGCAAAGAAGAGAUGGACACCAACAACGAACAGGAGAUUCGAGGCGUCGUCGUAGCCAUCGAUCUUCCUGCUCCGAGUGGCUGGACGAAGAAGUUCACUCCAAAGAAAAGUGGGACACCUAGGAAGAAUGAUAUAGUAUUUGUUUCGCCUACUGGUGAGGAGAUCACGAAUAAGAGACAGUUAGACCAGUAUCUGAAAUCUCACCCUGGAAGCCUUUCUGUCUCGGAAUUUAACUGGGGCACAGGUGAUACUCCAAGGCGCUCUGCAAGAAUAAGUGAGAAGUCAAAGGCGACAGAGACACCAGAACCUGAGCCUCCUAAGAAAAAGCAAAAGAAGUCGAGCUCAAAAAAGGGAGCAAGAGAGAAAAAGGACAAUUAUGAUGGAGAAGGUGAGACUGCUGAAGGCAGAAAAGCUGUUACAGAAGAAACGAAAGCAUGUGCUGAUGUGGAAAUGAAGGACGCUGAGGAUGCAGGGAACCUUAACAAAGGAGAAGUGGAUAUCGAGGAAGCUCUUGCAGGUAAAGAAACCGUGAAUGACUCUGAUGAGAAAACUGAGAUGAAAAUUGAUGAGACGAACAUGGAGAAGCUGGGGAAUCCAGAAGCCAGCAAUGAAUCUUCUGGUGCAAAGGAAGAAGAUGACGAAGGAGUAGUGGUUACUGAGGAAGCUCCUGCAGGUAAAGAUACCGUGAAUGACACUGAGCAGAAAACUGAGACGAAUAUGGAGAAACCGGGGAAUCUGGAAGCCAGCAAUGAAUCUCCUGGUGCAAAGGAAGAAGAUACUGUGAAUGGCUCUGAGCAGAAAACUGAGAUAAAAAUUGAUGAGAUGAACAUGGAGAAACUGGGGAAUCUGGAAGCCAGCAAUGAAUCUUCUGGUGCAAAGGAAGAAGAUACUGUGAAUGACUCUCGGCAGAAAACUGAGAUAAAAAUUGAUGAGACGAACAUGGAGAAACUGGGGAAUCUGGAAGGCAUCAAUGAAUCUUCUGGUGCAAAGGAAGAUGUUGUGCAUGAAUCAGUUCCGAUGCAAGGGGGGGAUGAAAAAAAUGAGGGAGGAAAGAAAGAGCAGGUGGAGCCUGAAGAUCCACCCCAAGUAUCAGUGUCUAAUGGGGCUGCAAAUUCUGUCGAAGAAGAGGGAAGUGUAAAGAAUGGAGUUGUUGAGUUCGGUGAUGCAAAGGUUAAUGAGUCUGUCGUUGGCGAAGUGGGACAGGAGGACCAUCCUGAUAACGAUCCUACCAAAGAAGUGGCCGCCAAUGCAGAAGCUAAACCAGAUAACGGUAGCAUAAAGGAGGACCAGGACACGGAAAAACCUGAAGAAGUGGCCAAUGCAGAAGCUAAACCAAAUAACGGUAGCAUAAAGGAGGACCAGGACACGGAAAAACCUGAAGUGGCCAAUGCAAAAGCUAAACCAGAUAACGGUAGCAUAAAGGACCACCAGGACGUGGAAAAACCUGAAGUGGCCAAUGCAGAAGGUAAACCAGAUAACGGUAGCAUAAAGGAGGACCAGGACGCGGAAAUACCUGUGGUGAAUCACUCACCCAGUUCUCACGAGCCCGAGACAUCUCAAGUUAGCUGUUGAAAUAGCUGUAGGCUCUUUAUUUUUUGGUCUAACAAACAAUGAUAAUCACCGUUUUGCCAAUUACAAUACCUUAAGAGUGAGUGAUUGAUGUUUGACAUGCUUUAUCCGUUGCGCAGCACCAUUCUCAACAGUCAGUAGAACUAUGGAUGUCAUUUUAUUCUCUAUAUAUUUCAGCUUAUAUUGACUGCCAAAUUUAAUUUACUUUUCUGGUACGAAA